AUGUCACCGCCUGCCAUCAUCGCGCCGUCGAUUCUUUCGGCAGACUUCGGAGCGUUGGGCAAGGCAUGCUCCGACACAAUCUCCCAAGGCGCCGACUGGCUUCAUGUCGACAUCAUGGACGGUCACUUUGUGCCCAACAUGACCUUCGGCGCGCCCGUCGUAACCAAGAUCCGCUCACACGUCGAUCGACCGACCACUGCACACGGCAAGGGAACAUUUGACUGUCACAUGAUGAUUGCCGAGCCCAAGAGAUGGGUGCGUGACUUCAAGAAGGCGGGCUGCGACCUGUACUGCUUCCACUACGAAGCCGCCGUCUCGUCAACCGCUGCAGACUCGCCCAGUGGAAAGUCGGAUCAGAAGACAUCUCCAAAAGAGCUGGUAAAGUUCAUUCAUAGCGAGGGCAUGCAGGCAGGCAUUGCAAUCAAGCCGAGCACACCGGUCGAUGUACUGUGGGAGAUACUGGAGAACCCAAACAAGGACGAGGUUCCUGAUAUGAUUUUAGUUAUGACUGUAGAGCCUGGCUUCGGUGGGCAGUCUUUCAUGGCGUCCGAGCUGCCCAAGGUAACCGCGCUUCGACAAAAGUAUCCGGAGAUGCACAUUGAGGUCGACGGAGGCCUGAGCGAAAAGACUAUCGAUCAGGCCGCUGAUGCUGGCGCUAAUGUCAUCGUUGCUGGCAGUGCUGUUUUCGGCGCUUCAGACCCCGGCGACGUGAUCAAGAAGCUCAGGGAGGCGGUCGAUAGCAGGAGAGGGAAACUAUAG